GGGGGGCGGGGCGGGCGGGAGCGGCUGGGCCUCGGCGCGAGCUCGCCGCCGCGUUGGUUCUUCGGUUGCGCGGCUGCCGGGCCUGCGGUCGGGCCGGGCGCGGGAGCAAUGGCGACCUUUGUGAGCGAGCUGGAGGCGGCCAAGAAGAACCUGAGCGAGGCGCUGGGCGACAACGUGAAACAGUACUGGGCCAACCUGAAGCUGUGGUUCAAGCAGAAGAUCAGCAAAGAGGAGUUUGACCUGGAAGCUCACAGACUCCUCACGCAGGAUAAUGUGCAUUCUCACAACGAGUUCCUCCUGGCCAUCCUCACGCGGUGCCAGAUUUUGGUGUCUACCCCAGAGGGUGCCGGCUCCUUGCCCUGGACGGGGGGCUCCGCAGCCAAGCCCGGGAAGCCGAAGGGGCGGAAGAAGAUGUCUUCUGUGCGCCAGAAGUUUGAUCACAGAUUCCAGCCUCAGAACCCCCUCUCGGGAGCCCAGCAGUUUGUGGCAAAGGAUCCCCAAGAUGACGAUGACUUGAAACUAUGUUCGCACACAAUGAUGCUGCCCACGCGGGGCCAGCUGGAGGGGCGGAUGAUCGUGACGGCGUACGAGCACGGCCUGGACAACGUCACGGAGGAGGCCGUGUCCGCGGUGGUCUACGCCGUGGAGAAUCACCUUAAGGACAUACUGGCAUCGGUUGUGUCCAGAAGGAAAGCAUAUCGAGUGCGAGAUGGUCACUUUAAGUACGCCUUUGGCAGUAACGUGACCCCCCAGCCGUACCUGAGGAACAGCAUCGUGGUGUACAACAGCCUAAUAGAAAGCCCGCCAGCCCUUCCUGCCUCCUGUGUCGGCCAGAACUCAGCGGCCCAGCCGCACCCCGACGACGCGGAGCAGCAGGCCGCGCUCCUGCUGGCGUGCUCCGGGGACACCCUCCCCGCGCCCCUGCCUCCUGUGAACAUGCAUGACCUUUUUGAAGCUUUGCAGGUGCACAGGGAAGUCAUUCCCACGCACACGGUGUACGCGCUCAACGUGGAGAGGGUCAUCACGAAGCUCUGGCACCCCACCCACGAGGAGCUGCGGCAGGACCAGGUGCACAGGCAGCGCCUGGCCGCCAAGGAGGGGCUGCUGCUCUACUGAGGCCUCUGCUCGCCGGUCACGCCGCAGACUGCUCACUGGGCACGGAGGCCCCGGGUCCACACUUCAGCCUGGAGUGGACAGUGUAAAUAUAGCCUUUCCUAUGGAAAUGGGACAUUGAGUACAUUCUGUGUUGCUACUGUGAAGCCGUUGGUAGAAUUCUGACUUCGUGAGGGACACGUGUGUGGACGUGUCCCCGUAGGGUGGGCGCUGGGGAAGUGGCCUGCAGGUGCCGGGCCCUCUGGUCUGCAAGUCAGGUAAUGACCUCCUAGAACAAGGACGCUCGCUGUUAGAACGUUGCCCCUGUGACCUGCAGGACACCUGUGUGCUCAGUGGCAUCCUCUGCUCAGUGUCCGGCAGCCCAAGUUCCCGUCGGACUCGGAGAGAAUCGUGCUCUUGGAAUUUGGUUGAAAUAACCUGCAGUGUUAAGAAUCAGAUACCUCCCUUAGUGACCAGUUUAAUUUUCAACAGAUGUCCUUUAGGCAGCUCCCUACAAAUCAUUACCCCUCCAUGGACGAUAUGGCUCAGACAGGCUGUGCUACCGGACAGAAACUCCACAACAGACACUUAGAAGGAAUUGGUUAACCUCAUGGAAUGUCUCCUGUAACUCACAUUCCCUCCAUUCAGUUCAUAUUCCCAGACGUGAAAAUAAUUUUCAUUUGGCAGUGUUACAACCAGGGUUGUUUUUUAGAGACAUAUUGCCUUUUACUCGAGAUAGGAUUGGUGGAGAUGCAGUUGACUCCUGAACGGUGUGGGUGUUAGGGACACCAACCCCCAGCGCAGUCAGAUACUCACACCUUGUGACGUCCCAAAACUUAAGCUUAGCUGUCCCUCAGUGUCUGAGAGGGAUUGGUUCCUGGACUCCCCGCUGAUGCCAAAACCCUCAGAUGCUCAGGUCCCUGUCACAUGGCGUGGAACGUCUGUAGACUCCCAACCGCGACCUUACGUCGUGCAGGUGUUCCCGGGGGAAAUUCGUGUAUCCGCGGCCCCGCAGCUUACACCUGUGCUGUUCGGGGUCGGCUGCAUUAGGACGGGUUCUGUGGUUAGUAGCGUGUAAAUAUGUACAUAUGGGAAGCUGGCUGUGUUUGAUUUUGUACUUUAAAUGUGACAAAUAAAACUUUUGGGAGAAAA